GAGGUAAUGAUAGGCGCUCGACCAAUCAACUGGUGUAAGAGGCGGGUCCAGUUCGCUAUCAGGUUUGGGUGGCGUGCGGAGGUACCUCGGGAUUGUCUCAGUUGGUUUAAAGUGCGCAACAGUAUGGUGAUUGCAGGCCAUGGAAUCCAUACGUGUGACAGCUAGAGAUCUUUGCGAAUAUGAUGAUCUUGCCACAAGCCUGGUUUUGGAUCCUUACCUGGGUUUUCAAACCCACAAAAUGAACAUCAGCAAUCGACCUGUUGUAAGGAGACACCAAUAUCUCAGGGACAUUCUACAAAAGUUUCUUAAGUCACGAGAUUUGGAGACAGUGUAUCGGGCCUUGACAUUGGGAGACUGGGCUUGGCAUUACUUCUUGCACAAAACUCCUCUCGAAGAGGAAAUAUUUAAAGCUCAGGUAUUCCGCUACCUUCGAAUGUUCCUACCUGAAAGUGGCUUUGAAAUUCUACCUUGUAAUCGAUACUCUUCAGAAUCCAAUGGUGCGAAGAUUGUGUCUUUAAGAAAGUGGCAGGAAAACGAUAAGAUCGAGCUGUUAGUCGGUUGCUUGGCAGAACUUUCUGAGAAGGAGGAAUCCCUGCUGCGCCCAGGGGAGAAUGACUUCAGUGUGAUGUACUCGACUCGGAAAAAAUGUGCUCAGCUCUGGCUAGGGCCUGCUUCGUUCAUCAAUCACGGUGUGUAGAUA